AUGCUGCGCUGGCUCCGGGGCUUCAUGCUGCCGCAUUUGGCCUGCCAGGAGCACAAUCAUAAAAGCCUCUACGAGGCCCUCUUCGAUGAGCUGGACCAGGACGGGGACGGGGUGGUGGACAUCGUCGAGCUCCAGCAGGGGCUGAAAGGCUUGGGUUCCUGGUUUACCGUGGGCUCGGGGCAGAAAGGUGUUAUUGAAACUUCAGAAGUAAUUGCUGCUCUGAAGUCACUGGGUGUAAAUGCUUCUGAAGCCCAGGCGAAAAAGAUUCUACAAAGCAUUGAUAGUGAUGGGACUUUGACAGUAGAGCGGAAUGAAUGGAGGAGCUACUUUUUAUUUAAUCCUGCAACAGAUGUUGAUGACAUUAUUCAUUUCUGGAAGCGUUCAACUGUAAUUGACAUAGGGGAAAGCAUAGCUAUUCCAGAUGAAUUUUCUGAGCAAGAAAAGCAGCCUGGAGAUUGGUGGAGGCGAUUGGUGGCAGGAGGAAUAGCUGAUGCAGUCUCAUGGACGUGCGCAGCCCCGUUUGACCGCUCGAAAGUCAUGAUGCAGGUAGUUUGCCUACUUUACAUACUCCUUAAUGCUUAAAAUAAGUUGAAAAAUCCUUGAAGAUUUUUGAAAGAAACAGGUAAAAUGUUUUGGCACGUUUCAUACUACUCUUUAAAAGUCAUUGAAGUUUUACAUUUUUUUUAAUGUAAGUUUUAUUAUUUUCAAUAACAUAUUUCUUAAUGUUCUUAAAGAUGCUCAUAUGCUAUUUAAAUUUUUAUUUGAAAUAAUAAUUCUUAUUGUUAGGUGCCAUUGAGUCAGUCCUGACUCAGAGCGCCCCUGUGUACAACAGAAUGAAAUGCUGCCUGGUCCUGUGUCAUCCUUAAGCCCAUUGUUGCAGCCAAGGUGUCAAUCCAUCUCAUUAAGGGUCUUCUCUUUUUCCCUGAUGCUCUACUUUACCAAACACGAUGUCCUUCUCCAGGGACAGAUCCCUUCUGACAACAUGUGAAAAGUAUGUGAGACAGAGCCUUGCCAUCCUUGCUUCUAAGGAGCAUUCCGGUUGUAAUUCUUCCAAGACAGAGUUGUUCGUUCUUUUGGCAGUCCAUGGUAUAUUCAGUACUCUUCUCCAACACCACAAUUCAAAGGUGUCAAUUCUUCUUCUGUCUUUAUUCAUUGCCCAGCUUUCACAUGAAUAGGAGGCAAUUGAAAACACCAUGGCUUGGGUUAGGUGCACAUUAGUCUUCAGGGUGACGUCUUUGCUUUUCAACACUUUAAAGAGGUCUUUUGUAGCAGAUUUGCCCAGUGCAGUGUGUCUUUUGAUUUCUUGACUGCUGCUUCGAUGGGUGUUGAUUGUGGAUCCAAGUAAAAUGAAAUCCUUGAUGACUUCAGUCUUUUCCCCGUUUAUCAUGAUGUUGCUUAUUGGUCCACUUGUGACGAUUUUUGUUUUCUUUAUGUUAAGGUGUAAUCUGUACUGAAGGCUAUGGUCUUUGAUCUUCAUCAGUAAGUGCUUUAAGUCCUCUUCACUUUCAGCAAACAAGAUUGUGUCAUCUGCAUAUCACAGAUUGUUAAUGAGUCUUCCUCCAACCCUGCUGCCCUGUUCUUCAUAUAGCCCGGCUUCUUGGAUUAUUUGCUCAGCAUACAGAUUGAAUAGGUAUGGUGAAAGAAUACAACCCUGAUGCACACCUCUCCUGACUUUAAACCAUGCAGUAUCCCCUUGUUCUGUUGGAACGACUGCCUCUUGAUCUAUGUACAGUUUCCUCAUGUUCUGGAAUUCCCAUUCUUCCUGAUGUUAUCCGUAGUUUGUUAUGAUCCACACAGUUGAAUGACUUUGCAUAGUCAAUAAAACACAGGUAAACAUCUUUCUGGUAUUCUCUGCUUUCAGCAGGAUCCAUCUGACAUCACCAAUGAUAUCCCUGGUUCCUUGUCCUCUUCUGAAUCUGGUUUGAA